CAUUCGACUUUUUUUUUAUUUUCCUUUUCUUUGUGGUUUUGGAUUUGGCUUUAUCUUUACUUUAAGCUCUGUUGUUUAACAUUUUCACUCACUCAAGUCUUGUUCCACUUGGAGGAGCAUUGAUUGAUUAUCAAAGGCUUGCAUUGCAUUGCAUUGCAUGUGAAGCAAAGCAAGCAAUUCCCAAAAAGAUGUCUCGGUGGGUCUGAAAGUGUGACCCCAAUUAACUCUCUCUCUCUCUCUCUCUCUCUCUCUCUGGCUUCUCAACGAAACCCACCUUUUUUCCUUCGAUUAGGGAUUGGGGCUUUAGGGUUUGUAAUUGUAAAUUUGUAAUUUUGUAAUUAAGGCGACAGCAUUAGCAUUGUGCAUUGUAAUGGAGAUUGAAUGAUUAGGGGCUUUGUUUGUUUAUUUGCUUCUGAUUCCAUUGAUGGAGGACAUUGGGGGGCUCUUCAACUUGAAGCAAUUGUCUUUUCGGAAAUGCCUCAACAACAGCAAGAACAAGUCUUGUCGUUCAAAGUCUUAUGAUUGUUGUUCGUGGAUCAAAACAAUUGGGGGCUUCGCGGAUCGACACUGGCCCGCAAUCUGCCUCGGAUUCGGGAGGCUAUGGAGGUUCGCGUGGACGUUGGUCGUGUACUGGAAAUGCUGCGUUUUGAGGGGAUUCCAUUCCCUCGUAGCAUUGGGCUCCGCCGCUCUUCUCCUCAUCAUCUGGAGUUGCUUUCUCUCUUUGACUUCCCUCUCUUGCUUGCUUUAUCUUCUUCUCUCUAUGGGAGUUGCUGGAGCUGCUGUUCAGUAUCUGGGAUACACUCCGGGACUUUUUAUUGUCGGGCUCUUUGCGAUUCUCAUUUUAUGGAUGUAUGCUAACUUUUGGAUAACCGGAACGCUCUUUAUAGUCGGAGGUUAUUUGUUCUCCCUAAAGCAUGCACGGUUGGCAGUCUUAAUGGCAGCCGUCUAUGCUGUGUAUUGUGUCAAAGUUCGAGUUGGAUGGCUCGGUGUUUUUCUCUCCAUUAAUCUUUCAUUCUUAUCGAAUGACGCAUUGAAUUGGAUGCUCCAGUGGUGUGAUAGUGUGAGAGAAAAUGCACAUUCUGAAGAGCAGAAACAAUCAGAAACAAUUGUUGAAGACGACUUUACUGAAGAGUGUGAAUUCUCCACUCCAACUGAAGAAUCUGAAAAUCAGCAUUCUUAUUGUAAUAAAGCACCCACUAAACCGCCUGCUUCUUCUGUUGUGAAAGACAUGCCAAAAGAAGCUCCUGCUAGCAAGGUGGUAAAGGAGCAAACUAGUUCAGCUGAUGAGAUGAAAAGAAUUUUGAACAGUAUUGACCACUAUGAAGCACUGGGAUUUUCUCGCCACAAAAAGAUUGACGUUUUAGUCCUUAAAAAGGAAUACCGCAAGAAGGCCAUGCUCGUGCAUCCUGAUAAAAAUAUGGGAAGUCCAUUGGCAAGCGAGUCGUUUAAAAGACUUCAGUGUGCGUAUGAGGUCCUUUCUGAUUUCACAAAGAAGAGAGACUAUGAUGAGCAGUUAAGAAAGGAAGAAUUCAGGACUAGGAGUGUUUGCCAGCGGUCACAUAGCGCUUCAACUCAGGAUGGCUCUGAUUAUUGCUCUGAAGAAUCAAGACGUAUUCAGUGCACUAAGUGCGGAAAUUCUCAUAUAUGGGUGUGCACCAAUAGGAGUAAAGCCAAGGCUAGAUGGUGUCAGGAUUGUUGUCAAUAUCACCAAGCAAAGGAUGGAGAUGGUUGGGUGGAAUACAAAGGCUCCCUGGUCUUUGAUAGACCUCAGAAGGUGGAAAUACCGCGUGCCUUUGUUUGCGCUGAGAGCAAAAUCUUUGAUGUUUCAGAAUGGGCCAUUUGUCAGGGCAUGGCAUGCAGGCCUAAUACCCAUCGGCCAAGCUUCCACGUAAACAUGGUUGGCCUGGAGAAAACCCAAAGAUCCAACUCAAGUAGAUACCCUUGGGAGUUGGAUGCUGAAAUGAUGGAUGAAGACGAAGAAGAAUUUGAGCUCUGGCUCCAGCAGGCCCUUGCUUCCGGCCUCUUUUGCGAGACCUCAAAACGCAGAAAGAGUUGGAGUCCCUUCAAGCUUCAUCAGAAAAAAAGUAAAAAGCAAUGGCGGAGAACAUCAUGUUGAAUAAUUAUGCGGAGACCUUUCAGGGACGAAAGUCGAAAAUUUUGCUGCCGACCCCUAGAAAGAAGAGUCACGUUCUUUUACAUGCUGUUUAGAAGUUGGGGAUUGAUCGGCUGCGUCAUAAUUGAUAGGUUGCUCGUGCCACUAAGAAAACAAGGUAACGAGUUAUUAGAGAUGGGAAGAAAUGGGCUACUUUUGUUGAGAUUAGAAGUUUGAUGGGUUACCUUGUGUCGCUGCCCUAAAAGUUAGGGUUUAUCAGGCUUGCGAGCGGUUUUAAUGGCGCUCAUUGCAAGUUUCAGGAAGAGGAGCAUAAGCUCCUCAUAAUUGUCAAUCUGUGUCUUGUUUUAACCAAAUUUGUGACCUUACCUUAAUGAUACAUACAAGGUACCCUUGUAGGAAUUCAAUGUGGACUUAUGCUUCUCUUUCUGUACAUAUUUUUCUUGUUAAUAAAAUUUUUUAGUUCCUCUUG